GCUCCACUAACAAGUCUUUAAAAUGAACCCUCGCCACGCUAGCCUCCCGCGCGCGCGCUGCCGAAUCCAUCUUCCUUCUGCCCCAAAUCCCAAACCCUAGUUUUAUCCCGCUCGCUCGAUUCCAAUGAACUCGAAAGCUUGAUUACUCUAGGGGAUUUAGUGCUCCUCCAUGCCCCCAUAACCCCAUCCAUGCAAAGCUGCCGCGGAUCUGGAAGCGAAUAUGGGUGCGCUCACCGAUCAGCCUAAGCGCAGCGCCACUGACCUCUGCCUUCCUCUAUCCUCUGCUUCCCCCAAGAAACCCCGCCUUGUUCCGCCUUCUUUUUCCUCUAUGUCACCCAACGCCCCCAAGUCUUUUCCCUUUCGCCGCGAGGUACACGCCCCACAGCACAUUAUACACGCCUUCGGGCUCGGAUCAUCGUCCGCGAGACGCAGGUCAUCGAGAACUGUUGGGAUGGGGAAUUUAUUUUCACUGUUUAGUCGAAAGAAGCAGGAUGAGAGAAUUGAUCUGGAUGAGUACAAAAAGAUGGUGGAGGAGCGCGUUGGCUCUCCUAGCGAUGAGGUUGUUAGGGUGAGCUCGGUUCAGCGGAAGUCUCUGGAUUUGUCAGCAAGGAAUGAAGAGGAGAUAUUGGAUGGUUCUGAUAUUGUAAGUGACAAGCUGGAUGAUGGAGGAAAUGCGGCGUUAGAGUUGGUGCAGACGGGGUUGGAGAGGUUAUGGGCGAAAAGCGAACCUCUGUACAAGGAAUUGUAUCAGAAGGCAAAGGAGCGUGAUAUCACGUUAAAUAACUUGAUUUUCGAGGCUGAAGUGCUGCAUCGGAAGGCUACUGGCUAUCGUAGUGUGUGGGAACUGCUGCAGAAGGAGAAGAAACCAAAAUUGGAAGUCGAUGAACCUUUUCGCCAUCUCACAACAGAGGAAGAGGAAGACAUCUCUCGUGCCUUGCUUAGCGGCAACAGACGUAAAGUUUUAGUAGUACAUGAACCCUCUAACCUUCAGAUUACAAGAGAUGUCCUGCAAUGCUUGAGACCAGGUGCUUGGUUGAAUGAUGAGGUCAUUAACCUAUACCUUGAGCUAUUGAAGGAGAGGGAGAAAAGGGAGCCUGAAAAGUUUUUGAAAUGUCAUUUCUUUAACACUUUUUUCUAUAAAAGGCUGACCAGUGGGAAGGAUGGCUAUGAUUUCAAGUCUGUGAAAAGAUGGACCACCCAAAGGAAGCUGGGUUAUGCUCUUAUUGAGUGCGAGAAAAUUUUUGUUCCUAUACACAAGGAAAUUCAUUGGUGUUUGGCUGUUAUCAAUGUAAAGGAUGAAUCUUUUCAAUAUCUAGACUCGCUGGGUGGCUCGGAUAAUUUCGUGUUGAAUAAGCUGGCUAUAUAUUUGAAGGAUGAAGUAUUUGACAAGAGUGACAAAGAAAUUGACACACUAUCCUGGAAGAUGGAGUCUGUAGAUGAACUUCCUUUACAAAAGAAUGGGUGGGAUUGUGGGAUGUUUAUGCUCAAAUAUGCAGAUUUCUACAGCAGAGGUUUGAAGUUGUGCUUCAGUCAGGAGCACAUGGCUUAUUUCAGAAAGAGGACAGCCUUGGAAAUUCUUAGAUUGAAAGCUGGAUGAGAUUGGGUUAGAUAGAUGUAUGGCCUUCUUAUGUUUCCCUGCCCAGUGCUUGGAAUGUAUUGAGAUUAAUGGAGAAUAUCCAGAGCCAACAGAUUCAAGGAUUCAAAUGAAGCGGAAAUCCUUUUGCAGAAGCUCAUGCUUUGGUUCUCUGCUGCUACAUUGGAGAUGCCUCACUUCAUUCUCAUUAUAUUUGCAGGCAAGAUGCUAUUUUUAAUUUUCUUUUUGAGUUUUUAAAAGUUCCAAUAUGUUCUUGUGAUGCCUGUUUUGAUAUCUCACUAUAACAUAUAAUAGUGGGGAAUUCAUGUUUCUUUUCUGCUCUAUGCUCAUUGUAUGUUCUUAUUAUUGGAUAAAAUUGUCAACAUUUGUUUUCAAUGAGUGCAAUACAUAUUCUCA